AUGCGUUCAUCAUUCACCUCUACGAACACUAGCAUUGACAUUGCUUACAAUGAGGAUUUCACAAAUUCUUCUUUUAUCUUUUCCUUUUCAUUUUCUACUCAACAGCUAAUUUCAUUCUUCCUUCCUUUAUCUUUGUUUUACUUCACUCUCUUUAAGGAGACUUUUCUUCUCUUCAUUCUACACUUUCUUAAUUUUUUUCUUUCUUUCUUCCUCCAUUUUAUCUCAUCAUGUUUCUCUUGUUUUUUGUUUUCUUUCUUUCUUUUUCCAUUUCCUUCUUAUCUUUUCUCUCUCUAUCAUUGUAAUUCUUUCCUUUAUCUUUCUAUUUUUUCUCUACCUCUUUGUUCUUCUUCCCAUUACUUUUUCUUGUCACUCUUAAAAUCUUUUAUUCUCUGUUUUUAUCUCUCCUUGUUUCUCCUCUCAUUUUCCUAUUCUCUUCCUACUUCUAUUCCCUGUUUCUCUCUCCUUAUUCCUCUCUUCAUAUUUCCAUUUCUGUCUCUCUCAUCAUCUUGUCCUCAUUUCUUCCUUUUAUUCUAA